AUGGCAAUGAAUCGUUUAUUUUCCGUGUUUUUCUUCGAUGAUAACCUGGGCUUGCUGAACACACUUGACAUUCUUGAUAAUAUUAAAGACUCGAGGACGUGUUUUUUGCCACUUUUCUUUCCUCGCCUACUCCCUUUCUCCCUCCCAUACCUCAUACCCAUUUUUCAUUUUUUCCCUUCUAAAUUUCUUUGUUGCUUCUUUCAUCCUUUCUUCACACCCGCUUUCCUUCCUCCCGAGUUCCUUCUCGAUUUCAUUCGUCCGUUUCACGCAUCUUUUUGCGUUUCUGUCUUUAUUCCCUUCAUUUAUUUCACCAUCCUUUUACCCCUUAGUCCUGUUGCUUUCAUUUCCCUGCUAAUUUUCUUCCUUUCUCGGUCUUUCCUUCCUUCCUUCCCUCCCUUUUGUCUUUCCACUUUCAUUCUUUCCUUCCUUCCUUCCCUCCCUCCCUUUUGUCUUUCCACUUUCAUUCUUUCCUUCCUUCCUUCCCUCCCUCCCUUUUGUCUUUCCACUUUCAUUCUUUCCUUCCUUCCCUCCCUUUUGUCUUUCCCUUUCAUUCUUUCCUUCCUUCCUUCCCUCCCCCUUUUGUCUUUCCACUUUCAUUCUUUCCUUCCUUCCUUUUUGUCUUUCCUUUUUCAUUCUUUCCUUCCUUCCCUCCCUUUUGUCUUUCCACUUUCAUUCUUUCCUUCCUUCCUUCUCUCUAGAACCUGUCUGCAUUAUAUUCCUCAUUCUUCUUUUAUAAAUUACUUCACCUUUUUCUUACCGUCAUUCAUUACUAUUUACCCCUCCCCCCACACACACAUUUUUCAUUCUUUCACUUUUCUUCAUUCUCUUCAUACUUUAUUUCUCUCUUCCUGGUUUUCUUUUAUUCCUCCUUUUUUUCCUUUCUAA